AUGUUCAAGAGAUAUCUGUCUUCGACAUUGAUUAAAAGAAUUUCGAGUUCCCUGGAUGAAAAGGCUUAUCAAGUUACUACGUAUGCUAGGCCAGAUGACCUGUGCAUAACGAGGGGAUCCAAUGCCAAACUGUAUGAUGAUAUCAACGGUAAGGAAUUUAUAGAUUUUACAGCCGGUAUUGCUGUCACUGCAUUGGGUCACGCAAAUCCAAAAGUAGCAGAGAUUCUUUUUGAACAAGGCUCAAAGUUGAUCCAUUCUUCUAAUUUAUAUUACAAUGCUGAAUGUUUGGAUUUAAGUAGAAAAUUGAUCGAGAAGACAAGAAAAUUCGGUGGCCAGUACGAUGCUUCUAAAGUUUUCUUGUGUAACUCAGGUGCUGAAGCUAAUGAAGCAGCAUUGAAGUUUGCCAAGAAGCAUGGUGUUUCGAUUAAUGGAAAAAAACAGGGACUAAUCUCCUUCGAAAACUCUUUCCAUGGUCGUACAAUGGGUUCUCUUUCAGUAACAUCCAAUCCAAAGUAUAGAACACCUUUCGGAUCGUUAGUGCCAAAUGUAACAUUUUUGAACGUCAAUGACGAGUUGACCAAAUUGACAGAUUUCAUAAGUUCAAAAAAGGAUGAAACAGCCGGUUUGAUUGUCGAACCAAUUCAAGGUGAGGGUGGAAUAUUCCCCAUUCCCACAGAGACUUUAAUCCAGUUAAGGAAGGUUUGUAAAGAUAACGACGUUGUUGUAAUAUACGAUGAGAUUCAAUGUGGUCUAGGUCGUUCCGGUAAGCUAUGGGCUCACUCUUAUCUACCAAAGGAAGCGCAUCCAGAUAUUUUCACUACCGCAAAGGCUUUGGGUAAUGGAUUUCCUAUUGCUGCAACAAUUGUUAACGAAAAGAUAAACAAUGCACUAAAAGUUGGUGAUCAUGGUACCACUUAUGGAGGCAAUCCAUUGGGAUGUGCAGUAAGCAAGUACGUUGUUGAUGUUAUAGCUGAUGAGAAAUUUUUGGAGCAAGUGGAAGAAAAGGGCCAGCUUUUCCAAGAACGCUUGCUGAAAUUGAAAGAAAGAUUUCCAAAACAAAUUGUAGACAUCAGAGGUAAAGGCUUGAUUAUUGGUGCUGAAUUUUCUGAAGCACCCACCAGAGUAAUUGCAAAAGCCAGAGAACUGGGACUUUUAGUCAUUACGGCCGGUAAGAGCACUGCUAGGUUUGUUCCUGCCUUAACAAUUGAAAAUGAAACAAUUGAAAAGGGGCUGGAUAUUUUUGAAAAAGCUGUUGAAUCAGUGUAUGCCUGA